AUGGAAAAUGGAACAUAUUUUUACUUGAUGUUGUUUGGAAAUAUUGGGUACAUAAGAUAUGCUUUCUUCAUUUUGGGAUUUAUUCUAUAUUGUGCUAUUGUAUUCUUUAAUGCACUUAUUAUUGUUGCAAUUUUUCUGGAAAGGACAUUGCACCAGCCCAUGUACAUUCUGAUUUCAUGUUUAUCCGUCAAUUCUGUGUUUGGAACAGCUGCUUUUUUCCCAAGGUUACUGACAGACUUGCUGUCUGAUACACACUCAGUCUCCCGUGCAGCAUGUAUCUUACAGGCUUUUGUCAUUUAUUCAUAUGCAUCAAAUGAAUACACAGUAUUAAUGUUAAUGGCAUUUGACAGGUAUAUAGCAAUCAGUAAACCAUUACAAUACAACAACAUAAUGACCCCCAGGAUUUUAUCUGUUUUGAUAUCUGUAAGCUGGAUUUAUCCAAUGCUUUGUAUUGGUAUUGCUUGUAUAUUAAAUGCCAGACUCACGAUGUGUGGUAACAAACUGUGGAAGGUAUACUGUCACAAUUGGGAAAUUGUCAAGCUUUCUUGUACAAACACUAUUGUUAAUAAUGUUUUUGGCUUGUUCCUAUUGACCACAACUCUUAUCAUGCCUUUAAGUUUUAUAUUAUACUCUUAUGUUAAAAUUCUUAUCAUUUGUAGAAAAAGCUCACUAGAUUUCAGGAGAAAAGCAUAUCAAACUUGUAUUCCACACAUAGUGAUCCUCUUAAAUUUCUCAGUAGCUAUUUUUUGCGAGGUCACUUUGAGUCGGGUUGCACAUUUAGAACUCCCUAUAGGGCUGUCAAUCAUUCUUUCAUUAGAGUUUCUCAUUGUACCACCCAUAUUGAACCCUCUUGUUUAUGGUUUCAAAUUUCCUGAAAUUUGCAAAAAAAUUCUAUGGAUUAUAAAAGCUUGCAAAAAGCUGUAACAGAUGCUGCA